UCUGCUCAACGGCUCAUAAAGACUCCACAGAUUCAGUUCUCUCAGUCUGCAGGAGAAUCUACAAUCAACAAGACUUCAGUCAGGAAAAAGACAGCUGUUGUUUCUCUGGAGAUAUGGAGACGAAGGAGGACCUACUGAACACUCUGGAGGAUUUGAUAGAGAGGGACUUUGAGCACUUUAAGUGGUUCCUCAAGGAUGAAAGUCUGGAGGGCCACCAAGCCAUCAAAGCAUCCCAGCUGGAGAAGGCAGAGAGACGGGACACUGUGGAUCUGAUGGUGCAGACCUACCAACUUCCUGGAGCUGUGGAGGUGACCAAGAAGCUUUUAAAGAAGAUCAACAGGAAUGAUCUGCUGCAGAGUUUAUCAGACAGCAGCUCAGGACCAGAAGAUGUGAUGGUUCCAGUACCAGAGCGAAAACCAAUCACAUAUUACCAACACAUGCUUCAAUCAAACCUCCAAGACAGAUUUAUGUGUGCACAAGAGGGAUUGACGGCAGAUAAGCAUCCUCUGGUUGACAUCUACACAGAGCUGUACAUCACAGCUGGUGGUGAUCUACACAUCAACACACAGCAUGAGGUCAGACAGAUUGAAACAGCAGGAAAGCCAGCAGAAACAGAUACUGUUAAACCCAGUGACUUGUUCAAACACCCUUCUGGAGAAUGCAGACCCAUAAGAACAGUUCUGACCAAUGGAAUUGCAGGAAUUGGAAAAACAUUCCUUGUACAUAAGUUUGUGUUGGACUGGGCUGAAGGAAGAGCCAAUCGAGAUGUGCAUCUCAUUUUCCCCUUCACCUUCCGUGAGCUGAAUCCACUGAAGGGAGAAAAGUUUUGUUUGGCUGAGCUUAUUCAUGAAUGCAUCCCAGAAACUAAAGACAUCAAAGAGGAAGCUCUGAAUCACAUCUUUACAGCUCUGCAGUCAUCAGGAAACACCAACUAUGACAAGAGUAAAUUCAAACUUCUGUUUGUGUUUGAUGGACUGGAUGAGAGCCGCCUUCAACUGGACCUUAAGGGCAAUGACAUUCGCUCCAUUGAUGUAGCAAAGUCAACUAGAGUAGAAGUACUGCUGAGGCAACUCAUCAAUGGGAAACUGCUACGCUCAACUCGCAUCUGGAUAACCACACGACCUGCAGCAGCCAAUCAGAUCCCUCAAGACUUUGUCGACAGCAGGACAGAGGUCCGAGGCUUCACUGACCCACAGAAGGAGGAGUACUUCAAGAAGAGAUUCAGACAUGAGGAGCAGGCCAGCACAAUCAUCUCCCACAUUGAGACAUCACGAAGCCUCCACAUCAUGUGCCACAUCCCAGUCUUCUGCUGGAUUAUUGCUACAGUUCUGGAGGAGGUGUUGAAAAGCAGAGAGGGAGAAGAGCUGCCCAAGACCUUGACUGAGAUGUACACAGAAUUCCUGGUAUUUCAGAUUGAUCAGACAAAAGAAAAAUAUGGCCCAGAAAAGUGUGUUCAGUACAUUAAAUCAUUAGCAAAACUGGCUUUCCACCAGCUGGAAAAGGGCAACCUGAUCUUCUGUGAGAAGGACCUGAGAGAGAGUGGCAUUGAUGUCAGUGGAGCCGCAGUGUGCUCAGGAGUGUUCACACAGAUCUUUAAAAAGGAGCGUGGAAAGAAGAAGAUGUUCAGUUUUGUCCAUCUGAGUGUUCAGGAGUUUCUUGCUGCUCUCCAUGUGAAAAUGUCACUCAUCAACAGCAACAAAAAUGUGAUGCCUUUUCCUCGACUGACAAUCCAAAACCUGCAACUGCUUUUUAGGAAAAUCUCUACAAGGAAGAUCCACAGGAUUGCUGUCAUAAAUGCCUUACAGAGUCCAGAUGGACACCUGGACUUGUUCCUUCGCUUCCUCCUGGGCCUGUCACUGCAGACCAAUCAGGACAAACUAGAUGACCUGCUGAUGAAGAGAGAAGGUAGCUCAGAGACCAAUCAGAAAACAGUCAAGUACAUCAAGAAGAAGAUAAGUGAGGAUCUGUCUGCAGAGAGAAGCAUCAAUCUGUUCCACUGUCUGAAUGAACUGAAUGAUCGUUCUCUAGUGGAGGAGAUCCAACAGUACCUGAGAUCAGGAAGUCUCUCCACAGAUAAACUGUCUCCUGCUCAGUGGUCAGCUCUUGUCUUCAUCUUACUGUCAUCGGGAAAAGAUCUGGAUGUGUUUGACCUGAAGAAAUACUCUGCUUCAGAGCAGGCUCUUCUGAGGCUGCUGCCAGUGGUCAAAGCCUCCAACAAAGCUCUGUUGAGUGGCUGCAAUCUGUCAGAGAGAAGCUGUGCAGCUUUGUCUUCAGUUCUCAGCUUUAAGUCUUCUAGUCUGAGAGAGCUGGAUCUGGAUAACAAUGACCUGCAGGAUUCAGGAGUGAAGCUACUCUCUGCUGGACUGGAGAGUCCACACUGUACAUUGGAGACUCUCAGGCUGUCAGGCUGUCAAGUCACAGAAGAAGGCUGUGCUUCUCUGGCCUCAGCUCUGAGAUCCAACCCCUCCCAUCUGAGAGAGCUUGAUCUGAGCUACAAUCAUCCAGGAAACUCAGGAGUGAAGCUGCUGAAGGAUCCACACUGCAGACUGGACACUCUAAGGGUGGAACAUUGUGGAGAGCAGAGACUGAAACCUGGUGUGAGGAAGUAUGCCUGUGAACUCACACUGGACACAAACACAGUAAACAGAAAACUCAAACUGUCUGACAACAACAGGAAGGUGACGCAUGUGGAGGAGGAUCUGUUAUAUCCUGAUCAUCCAGAAAGAUUUCAUUACUGGCCUCAGCUGCUGUGUAGAAAUGGUCUGACUGGUCGCUGUUACUGGGAGGUUGAGUGGAGAGGAGAGGUUUAUAUAUCAGUGACUUACAAAGGAAUCAGCAGGAGAGGAUGCAGUUAUGACUUUUUGUUUGGAAGGAAUGAUCUGUCCUGGAGUCUGAUGUGCUGUGGUGGUGGUUAUUUUUACUGUCACAAUAACCAAGAGAUAUUUAUCAUCUCCUCCUCCUCCUCCUCCUCCUCCUCCUCCUCCUCCUCUGUCUCUAACAGAGUAGCAGUGUAUGUGGACUGUCCUGCUGGCACUCUGUCCUUCUACAGAGUCUCCUCUGACACACUGAUCCACCUCCACACCUUCAACACCACAUUCACUGAACCUCUGUAUCCUGGGUUUAGGUUAUUGUCUGGUUCUUCAGUGUCUCUGUGUUCACUGUAGGAGGAAGAGUCUCCUCCUGUGUAGAGAAACACUCACACUGAUGACAAAAUAACAUUUAUUAGUCAUACUAAUACAAGGAAAUGUCUCCAGUUGUUUUGCUUUGGUGAAUGCAAUGUCUGUCCAUGAUUUUAAAUGCUGUGAGACACCAAAUUUGUUUUCAAGAUUUUAGUUUUCUCUUUUUUUUCUUUGCAAUCUGAAAAUGUUCUCAUAUAAAUAUGUAUAUCCGCUAAUAUGAAGUUCCACACAUGCGUAUGUUUUUUUCAAACAAAUGUACCAAUAAUUUUACUUUGACUCCGCUUCAGAGACGCUAUACACUGUCUUAUGUCUCCAGCUGCAGGCAUUAAACCAGGUAAACAUGCUGCUGCAUUCACUAGGGAGUAUUCUGAUUGGCUGGGGGUGAAGGUUGGGGCCACACCUCCAGCCAAUCAGAGUAGGUCCAUUAAUAAUGUAGAUUUUAUGUAAAUAGAUUCAGAAUACAGUGGAAUAAAAAUGGACGUAAAACAUUUGUUAAAAUCCAGACUGAAGAGAUGAGUUUAAGUUUACGUUUAAAGACUUCAACACUUCCAGCUGCUCUCAGAUGUUCAGGUAAACCAACAACAUCAUGACAUCAUGUCUCCUGAUGACAUCACAGAGGGGUAACUUAUAUAUAUUAAAAAGUAGUGGCCCUGAAAUCCAUCUUCAAGGAACCCCACAACUUAUUUUUUAGAGGUGCUGGAGAAAUGAUCAUCUUUUGCUACAGAAACUCUCUGGAACUGGUUUACAUCUUAUCUUUCUGGCAGACAGUCCAAUGUGAUCCCUCAGUCUGUUUAAAAGAAUGUUGUGAUCAACUGUGUUAAAAACAGCACUCACAUUAAGUAGUUCCAAGACUCAAGAGUUUAUUUUUACUUUCUUUUUUUAUUUUCUAUAUAAGUGAUAGAUGUACAUUUU